CAAAUAGUGGUAUCCGCAAUUCGGACCGUAUCUUACAAGGUUUUUUUAUACAAAAUAAGUUGUCGAUUGAACUGUCAAUUGAUGUUCGUUAUUUCUGUAUUAUUUUAUUGUAAUUUCUUUCGUUAUAUUUUAUUGCAGUAAUUUAACUUAAUUGUUAGAAUACAGGAUGGACAAACGGAGCAGAUGUCGUGUAUAUUCGAUGGUCACACGGAUACAAACCAACAAUUCUACAUAGAAGGCACACCAAUACCAACGGUUGAACAUUUUAAAUAUUUAGGGUCUAUCAUCAGUAGUGACGGUAAGAUCGAGAAAGAUGUAACUCGCAGAACAAUCAGAGGAUGGAUGAAGUGGAAGCAGCUCACAGGCGUGAUGUGCGAUAAAAGGAUGCCCAUCCAGCUAAAAGGUAAACUGCACAAAACAGCGAUAAGACCAGCUAUACUUUACGGUACAGAGUGCUGGGCAUCUACACAGCAACAUCUGUCAAAACUCCACGCGACAGAAAUGCGCAUGCUACGCUGGUCAGCGGGCGUAACACUUCUAGACAAAGUUCGAAACAUACACAUCCGAGGCAGUUGCAAAGUCGCUCCCAUCAUUGACAAGGUCAAGGAACGUCGUUUGCGCUGGUAUGGUCAUAUACUAUGCCGCCCUACAGACCACAUGGUAAACGUAGCGUUAAGCCUACCCACCACGACGCGUCGUCACGGAAGACCCCCCGCCACCUGGCUGACGACGGCCCAGAGAGAUCGGACGCAGCAACAGCGCAGGAUAGAGAAAUAUGGAAAAGACUGACAAGAAGAGCUGACCCCAGAUGAUGGGAAAAAGCUUAGGAGAAGAAGAAGAAGUUAGAAUACAUGAGUGAAAUAGUGAUGACGAAGGAUUAAAUUUUUUUAGGUUGUAUUUUUACCUUCCAAAUAUCUUCUCACUGCUGAUGUGAAAAGUAUUGUGUCCAACACGAGAUCAAAGUUAUUUACAUCUUGUGCGCUUUUGAGUCCCUUACUACGUCUAAGAUUCUAAAUUAGAUUCACGCGCUACGCUCGUGAAUCUUUUAUAGAAUCUUUCGCUAGCACGGGACUCAAAAUAAGCACUCGAAGAAAUAUCAGACUUUGCUCGCUUGUUGUACAAAUAACUAGUAUACAAUUCAAUUAUUUAACCACAGCUAUGCGGCUUCGUUUUAAUGCUUCUAAAUCUGAUAAUAAUUAUGGUUAGAAGUUUGACUUUUAAAAAUAACACUGGCACUGCGUGUGCUAUCAAAAUCGUUGCCGACUUGUCUUGGUCUGACUGUAAAACAUAAUCAAACUAAGUGGCAUAGAUGUGGAUACUUUACAUCAAAUUGUGUGAAAUGAUUUUUUAUAAUGUUAGUAUCCAAAGAGGAAAAUGGAGACUACUAAGUUUCAAAGUCUUUACACGUAAACAGUCUUUGAAUUCCAGCUUAAUGACAUGAAUAUGCACUCGUUAUCGCCCGGUUCAAGCUUUUGAACUACGCUACAGGGCUAGCACAACGCCAGUAGCCAAAGGUCAAAGAAGUGAAAUAGAUUUUGCUACAACAUUUAAAUUUAAGCGAUGACUUGCAACUUGUAAUUUAACUUAAAAAAAAUGUAAACAAUAAAAAGCGUAUAUUGAAUUGAGUGCCUAAUACAUCUUUAAUUCAGUAGUAUCUUU